AUGCUAGGAGGCCUUUGUCUAGUGUUUAUACUCACACACUUGGUUUGGUUCAAGCCAAUUGACUUGAGAGUAGUUUUGUCCAGCGCCGAACAUCUCGUUGUGUUUGCAGCCAUGUCCGAUGCACUGACGACUGCGGGCAUCGCCAUGUUCGACGACGUUCUUAUGGCCAAGAAGUUGCCGAGUGCUGUGCUGCAACGAUUCAGCGAGUGCCUCAUCAGUGGAGAACCAACACCAGAAGAAGACCAGAAAGUGAUUGCUGACACCAUUUUUGAGUGGGCACGUGGGUUGGGUGCCAUUGACUUUGCCCAUUGGUUCUUUCCUCUCCGCGGUGGCGGUGGUGCAGUGGGUGGCAUGUUGGGUGCCUUCAAGAAGGACACCUUGAUUGAUUUGGAGUUUGGAUCCAAGUUUGUCACCAAGCCCAUGAAGGCUUGCUUGCCUCAUGAGCGCCUUUUCCAGGGUGAAACCGAUGGUUCUUCCUUCCCCAACGGUGGGCUGCGUGUGACGCACUCGGCCGCAGCAUUCACCACCUGGGAUAGAGCAUCUCCACCCUUUGUGACGGACAAGUGCCUCUACAUCCCAUGUGCCUUCAUCACACACUUUGGCAAGUGCAUUGAUGAGAAGACACCCUUGUUGCGCUCCAUGGAUGCAGUCACUUUGAGUGGUUUGAGGUUGCUGAAGGCCAUUGGCAUUGGUACGGAUGCCAAGGCCAUGUGCAGCUACCUCGGCUGGGAGCAGGAAUUCUUUGUGAUCCCGGCCGAUCUCUACAAAGCCCGCCCUGACCUGGUGAAUUGCGGCCGAACCCUCUUCGGAAAGUUGCCUACCCGGCAUCAGCAGGGAGACCUCAACUAUUUUCAACCAAUCCCAGGAAAGGUUCAAGAGUUGUUGGACAUUGCUCAAGCUGAGAUGCUCAAGGUGGGCUGCCCCAUGGCUGUGAAGCACAACGAAGUAGCCCCAGGGCAGCACGAGAUGUCCCCGGUCUUCCGCACGGCCAACGUCUCCUGCGACAGCAAUGUGCUCUUCAUGGAGGUCAUGAACCGUGAGGCGCAAAAGCUUGGGCUUCAGGUCCUUUUCCAUGAGAAGCCCUUUGCAGGCAUCAACGGCAGUGGAAAACAUGCCAAUUGGUCCGUGGGCACUGACACUGGUCUCAACUUCUUCUACCCCGGCAAGAAUGAGGCUGGGGCCAAGCUCUAUGUCACAGGCAUUGCCUGUUUGGCUUUCGGUCUUGCGCAGUACAACGAGAUGGUCCGAUGCACUGUGGCCUCCGCUGGGAAUGACCACCGCCUGGGAGCACAGGAGGCACCACCCGCGAUCAUCUCGCUGUAUCCUGGCCAGGGCUUCGAGCAGUUUAUGGAGAGCAUCAUCUCCGGUGGCGAUUUGCUUGGCUACAAGGCGGAGAAGAAGAAGCAGUCCACCGGCUGCAGUGCUGCCAUGCACAUCGAGGCCAACGUAGAGGACCGGAACCGCACAGCGCCCUUUCCCUUCUGUGGGAAUCGCUUCGAGUUCCGCGCAGUCGGCUCUUCCCAGAACUGCUGCUUUCCUGUGAUGGUUUGCAAUGCCAUCAUGUCUGCAGGAAUGGCACACUUGGCUGGCUUGAUUGAAGGUGGUAUGAGCCAUCGUGAUGCUGUGGCGCAGGUCUUCAAGGAGAACAAGCACGUGAUCUUCACAGGGAAUGGCUACUCCGCAGAGUGGCCAGUUGAGGCCAGCAAGCGUGGCCUGCCAAACCUCAACACCACGCCCAAGGCCAUUGCCACUUGGAACUCUGAGAAGAACAAGAAGUUGUUGGAGUCCCUGAAGAUCUACACCGCGGAGGAGACCGAGGCGCGCCAGGAGGUGAUGUAUGAGAACUACAUCUCCAGCAUGAGCUGCGAGGUGGAGACCAUGGUCCAGAUGACUGAGACUGGCAUUCUGCCAGCCUGCGCGAAGGAUUUGGAGAAAUACAAGGGCUUUGAGAAGCUGGCGGGGAACAGGAAGGCGGUCUACGAGGGUAUUGUUGAGCAGCUUGAGAAGUUGAAAGCCUCUUUUGCCAAGAAACCACACACCUCCCUGCCAGAUGAGGCCACUUAUCUCUGUGACACAGUGAAGCCACAAAUGGUCGCGCUGCGAAGUGCUGUGGACAAGGCUGAGAGCCUUCUUGAGAGCGGCUUGUACCCAUACCCUACCUAUGAGGCCAUGAUCUACUCUCAUCAUUUCUGA